AUGGCUUCGCACUUGGCGGAGACGUCUUCGGGGGAGCUUCACCUUUCGGACGGCAAGAAAGGUGGCCUUCCCGAGCUCCUGAAAGCACUCGAGUCGAUCAAUGUCCGCUCUAUUCAUUUGGACGGUAGCUCUUUGGCCGACUGGGAAAAGGCCCAGGUCGAGGAACUCUUAAAAAAAAUUGGAAAUCUCUCGAGUAUGCGGUCUCUCCACCUUUUUGGUGGGUCAUUCACAGCUCUUUCACUGGCCGAGCUACUACGCACUGCUUCUAAACUACAAUUCUCCGAGAUUGGUCGCACCCUUGUUGAAGGGGACGAAGAUGCAAUUUCCGACUUCAAUGGGGCUCUGUAUGGACACAAAUCCUUGGAAGAGUUUAUUGCUAUGGACUUCGACUUUUGCUUGGAUAAAACAAAAUUGGAAACCUCAAUAGACGAUUUGAUCAAGAGUUUGAGCACGAUUCCAACUCUUCGUGUAGUGAAAAUUGAAGCAAGCUCAGAACACAAGAUGUACUGUUCCAAGUUUUGUUUAGCUCCAUUGAUGCGCGCAAAAUCAUUGACGACACUUUUGUUGGCUCGUUUGCCUUUGGAGCCAAUGCAUUUCAACAUUCUGGCAUUUUCCAUUGCCCGAUCCAGUCUAAUUUACCUUGCCCUUCCGUACACCAAUAUGGACGAUGAAGCCGCGGCGAAUCUCUCCGCGGCCUGUGUUGCAAGCGAUGCAGUGGAAGAGAUUGACUUUUCUUCCAACGAAAUUGGUGAUAUUGGUUGUAUCGCUAUCGCUUCUAAUUUGACUGAAACGAAAACAGUUCGCGUCGUUCGCUUGGAAGGCAAUAAGGCGAUUGGAUCGAAAGGAUAUGGAGCUCUAGCAGAGAUGCUCACUGCGAACUAUAGUGUGGAAAUUCUAGAAAUCGGGCACGGUGGCGAUGCCGCUUGUCGCGUUGUGAUUGAUGAACAGCUUAGCAAGAAUAGAGCUGUACGUCGAGAUAUGUCAGCCCAUGCGGCCUAG